GAAAGAAGAAUAAAUCUUUUAAGCACUAAGAUUAUAUAUACAAAAAUAUAAAUAAAGCUAAGAUUUAAAUAGCUAUACAGUUAAAGCUAUAUUGUUGAACUGAGGAAUUAUACAGUCUGCUGGACACAGGUAGGAAGGGUUUCCUUUGGUGACAAGGAAAAACUCCCUGAGAGGAUAUGAGGAAGAAACCUUGAUAGGAUCCAGGCUUACAAGGGAACCCAUCCUCAUUUGGGUGACACUGAACAGUAAAUAAUGUAAAUGUAAGAAAUGUAAUUUCUACAACAGUUUAUAAUUGUGUAACCAAGAGCUCCUGAGGAAGCAAUGUGUCAGGGCAAUCUCUGAGUUCACCAUGGACGCAACACUAAUUCCUUCCAGCCUUCAAGUCUUCAAAUGAUUGCUGAUAAAGUCCAGAUCAUACAGCUGUCUAAUGCAACAAUGGAUAAAAGAAGGUAUGACAGUCUCCGGGUGGCCCCUUCCACAACACUGUCCACAGAGACCCCAUGGAUGGAAACAGGGCUCAUAGGUGCAUAGAUCAACCAAUAGAAACUCAUCCUAUUGGACUCCAGAAAGUUCAGGACCAACACCUGAACAUGAUUCACCAGGAUAACGUGGAAAUCAAAAGUGUGUGGCUGUGGAUCUGUAAUAAAUCCACCCGUCAAUCCUCAUCCAGCUAACCAGUUCUCAUGGUGCGAAGUUAGUUCUACUUCUUUACCCAGCCGUCUCUGUACUGAUCCUGUUCAUGUCUAGGAACAUUGUUUCUGUUUAUCUCAGAUUUCACACUUUUUGGAUUGUGUACGGGGCACGGUGGCUUAGUGGUUAGCACGUUCGCCUCACACCUCCAAGGGUUGGGUUUUUGAUUCCCCCCAUCGCCUUGUGUGUGUGGAGUUUGCAUGUUCUCUCCGUGCCUUGGGGGUUUCCUCCGGGUACUCCGGUUUCCUCCCCGGUCCAAAGACAUGCAUGGUAGGUUGAUUGGCAUCUCUGGAAAAUUGUCCAUAGUCCAAAUUGUCCAGGGUGUAUCCUGCCUUGAUGCCCGAUGACGCCUGAGAUAGGCACAGGCUCCCCGUUACCCGAGGUAGUUCGGAUAAGCGGUAGAAAAUGAGUGAGUGAGUGAGUGAGUGAGUGAGUGAGUGGAUUGUGUACUUUCAUUUUUGUUUGCAUUACUGACUGAAUAUCCGUUUUUAAACCUUUAUUUUAAUAAGCUGGUUUCCCGAGUGGCACAACAGGAUCAAAGUGUUUCUCAAGUUUCCGUUUCUAGAGCUAGCUGUAUGUCUAAAUAUAAUUAUGAAAGUUGGCUACAGUGAGGUCUCCAGGUGGAAUAACAUGUUUCAGAGAUACCUGAUGUUUUCUAAUCCUAGCCAUCCUAGCCAAAGAAAAAAAUACAUUCAGGUUCAAAAUGAGACAUGUUCCAGAUUUUGUGCUGAUUUAUCUUUUAUAUACUCAUUGUAUUUAUUGUACUCAUUUAUUUACUCACUGUCAUGUAAAUCAAGAAUAUAAAUAUUAAAAUGCAGAUCUAAAUGUCAAAUGAUUAAAAAAACAAAUAAAAUAUAAGAUCUUUUUUAAAACAAAUUGACUUUUUUGUGAUAGAAAUUACAAUCAAUUUUUGGCUUUGACACAAAAAAAUAUUAUACUGUUUUGUGAAUUAUUUGUGCUUUUGAUAGGUAUAAUACUCUAUUGGGAAGAAAGUAAAUCUGACUUAUAAAUGGUAUUCUUGAAAUUAAAUAAAUAAACCACUGCAUUUAUUUAUACAGAAGCUUUUAUAGAAAAGUGUGAGUUGUAAGAUUUUCUGAUUUGAAGUAAUCAUAUCAACAGUUGUCUUAGUGUGUUAAUAAUCUUGUGUUAUGUAACAUAAUGAUGUAUAAAAAGGGCAAAAAAGGAAUUUAUAUUAGAUUAUUUUUCUGAUUGAGAAUUUAGGUCCCACAUCCUAAAAACACCAAAGUAUGAUUGUAAAAUGUAUAGCAUGUUAUUGUAGUUUAAUACUGUAGCUGAAAAGGCUUCAAGGCUUUAGGGCAUCCGUCACCUUAAGAACAACCCAAACAACACAGCAGUGCAAACCAGUGUCAUACUCAUCAUUAUGAAAUGAUGUCUAUCCAGUUAAAGUCAUUAUUUAAGUUAAAAUUGUUAAAGUAGUUAGAAUUGUUUAUGUCCUGUGUUCUAUAUUGUGGUAUUAAGUCCACAUUGCACGGGGGGUCAAAUAUAUUUAUGAAUUUAAAGAAUAAUAUUAAGACAAAAUAACGUUUUCUUUUUUUACGGGAAGUAAAUAAUAAACCGUAUUUUCAUAGGUUUUUAUCUGUUAAAUUUAAGGUCUUACUCUGUGAAACAAAUUACAGGGUUUUACUGUAAAUUCUAUGGUUAGUGCAUAUUUUGUGAAAUACGGUUUUAUACUGUACCAUUUCUGUGGUAUUUUACUGUUAAAUCUACAGAUUUUUUUUACAGUGUGACCUGUGUAUUUAGUUUGUCAGUUCACUUGCUUUGAUGGUGAGUACUCAGAUACAUAUAUAUAUAUAUAUAUAUGUGUGUGUGUGUGUGUGUGUGUGUGUGUGUGUGUGUGUGUGUGUAUAGCUUUAAGUAGCGUUAUGUUCAGUUCACUCUAUCUGUGAAAGUACAUCUCUUUUAGGCAAAGGGACUUGCAGUGAAAGAUAAAUAUGUAACAUGUCAACAUUGCAUAGAAUCUUAUUAACAUAUAAUUAAGCCCUUCCCAUAGGCUUUCUUUCAGAAUCUCUCAUAGCUGUGCUGAAGUGUCCGUCAGGAGCAAACAGCAGACAUCACAAAUCCAUGAGAGACAUGAUUCAACUUCUGCUGCUAUUUGGGUUUUUUAGCCUUGGGAUCUGUCUUCCUCGUCAGUAUCACUUCAUUAAUGAGAAUAAGACCUGGUCUGAAGCACAGAGAUACUGCAGAGAGAAUUAUGUUGAUUUAGCCUCUAUUAAUAACAAUGAAGAGGACUUGGCCCUUACAAACUUAAUAGACAUCUGGAACAGCAGGCGAACCUGGAUUGGACUGUAUGACGAUCUGAACAGCUGGAAAUGGUCUCUGUAUGAUGAUUCUUUCUACAAGGAGGGAGAGAGAAGCUUUAGAAACUGGUAUAUAGAGAAGCCAAGAGACUGGAAUGAAGUCAGUUUGUGUGUGUAUUUAUCUAAUUAUGAUGGAGCUUGGUGGGAGACAUCUUGUUCCACAAUGCUAUAUUUCAUUUGUUUUGAUGGCAGAGUGAAUGCCAGUGAGAGAUAUGUCCCGGUUUAUCAGAACAUGAACUGGACUGAAGCUCAGAGAUACUGCAGAGAGCAUCACACAGACCUGGCCAGCGUGAGGAACGACACUGAGAACCAGGAGAUUAAAUCAAUGUUUAAUAAUACGGAUUAUUCAAGUUUUUGGAUCGGCCUGUACAGGACCAGAUCUUGGUCAGAUAAAAGCAACUCUUCAUUCAGUAACUGGAAACCUGGACAACCAGAUAAUUACAGACAGAAUGAAUCCUGUACUGCUGUGUCAUUUAAUGAUUCUGGGAAAUGGACAGAUGAAAAUUGUAGCCAAGCUUUUCCAUUCCUUUGUUACAGCACAAUGCUACCAUUACCCUCUCAUCAGUAUCACUUUGUGAAUGAGAAUAAGACCUGGACUGAAGCACAGAGAUACUGCAGAGAGAAUUACACUGACCUGGCUACUAUUGAUAAUAUUGAGGAAAUGAACACACUCCUUAACACAGUAAAUGGCAGUUACUCAGGUUUAGCCUGGAUUGGACUGUAUGGUGAUGAGGACAGCUGGAGAUGGUCUCUGGAUGAUGAUGCUUUCUACCAGGAGGGAGAGAGAGACUUCAGAGGAUGGGAACAUCAACCUGAUAACUAUUUUGGAAACGAGAUGUGUGUUUAUAUUACAUCUGAUGGAACCUGGUCUGAUGGAGACUGUAGAGGAUAUUUUCAUUUUAUUUGUUAUGAUGGAAAGAAUGGAACAGAAAAUUACACAUGGAUAAACCAGCCAAUGCCUUGGACAAAAGCUCAGCAUUACUGCAGAGAGCAUUAUACUGACUUGGCCAGUGUGAGAAAUCCAACAGAUAAUCAAAGAAUCUUAAACCUUACAGUUGGCACUGUGGCUUGGAUUGGUUUAUACAGGACCAGACUCUGGUCAGACAAACAGGUAUCCACAUAUGAAAACUGGAGACCAGCCACCUAUCAACAACCAGACAAUGGUAUUAAUAAUCCCUGGGAAUACAGAAAUCAGCACUGCACUGCUGUCUCAUUCAGAGACUCAGGUCAUUGGACAGAUGAGGACUGCUUAUCCACGUUCCCUUUUAUCUGCUAUAACAAAUUCUGCACAGGAUCAUCAUGCACCCUCCAUCAGUAUCACUUUGUUAAUGAGAGAAAGACCUGGACUGAAGCACAGAGAUACUGCAGAGAGAAAUACACUGACUUGGCCACCAUUAAUAACAUGGAGGAAAUGAACACACUCCUUAACACAGUAAAUGGAAUCUACUCAGGUUUAGCCUGGAUUGGACUGUAUGAUGAUCUGAACAGCUGGAGAUGGUCUCUGGAUGAUGAUUCUUUCUACAAGAAUGGAGAGAGAGACUUUAGAAGGUGGUAUAUAAAUGAACCAAGAAACUGGAAUGGAAACAGUGAAAAUUUCUGUGUGUAUUUUGCAGUUUAUGAAGCAGUUUGGAAAGAAGCCUCUUGUUCUACAACACUUCCAUUUAUGUGUUUUGAUGGCAGAGUGAAUGCCAGUGAGAGAUAUGUCCCGGUUUAUCAGAACAUGAACUGGACUGAAGCUCAGAGAUACUGCAGAGAGCAUCACACAGACCUGGCCAGCGUGAGGAACGACACUGAGAACCAGGAGAUUAAAUCAAUGUUUAAUAAUACGUAUGAUUCAGGUUUUUGGAUCGGCCUGUACAGAACCAGAUCUUGGUCAGAUAAAAGCAACUCUUCAUUCAGCAACUGGAAACCUGGACAACCAGAUAAUUACAGACAGAAUGAAUCCUGUACUGCUGUGUCAUUUAAUGAUUCUGGGAAAUGGACAGAUGAAAAUUGUAGCCAAGCUUUUCCAUUCCUUUGUUACAGCACAAUGCUACCAUUACCCUCUCAUCAGUAUCACUUUGUGAAUGAGAAUAAGACCUGGACUGAAGCACAGAGAUACUGCAGAGAAAAUUACACUGACCUGGCUACUAUUGAUAAUAUUGAGGAAAUGAACACACUCCUUAAUACAGUAAAUGACAGCUACUCAGGUUUAGCCUGGAUUGGACUGUAUGGUGAUGAGGACAGCUGGAGAUGGUCUCUGGAUGAUGAUGCUUUCUACCAGGAGGGAGAGAGAGACUUCAGAGGAUGGGAACAUCAACCUGAUAACUCAAAUGGAAAUGAGCUGUGUGUUUAUAUUAGAUCUGAUGGAACCUGGUUUGAUGGAGACUGUAGAGAAUAUUUUCAUUUUAUUUGUUAUGAUGGAAAGAAUGGAACAGAAAAUUACACAUGGAUAAACCAGCCAAUGCCUUGGACAAAAGCUCAGCAUUACUGCAGAGAGCAUUAUACUGACUUGGCCAGUGUGAGAAAUCCAACAGAUAAUCAAAGAAUCUUAAACCUUACAGUUGGCACUGUGGCUUGGAUUGGUUUAUACAGGACCAGAGUCUGGUCAGACAAACAGGUAUCCACAUAUGAAAACUGGAGACCAGCCACCUAUCAACAACCAGACAAUGGUAUUAAUAAUCCCUGGGAAUACAGAAAUCAGCACUGCACUGCUGUCUCAUUCAGAGACUCAGGUCAUUGGACAGAUGAGGACUGCUUAUCCACCUUCCCUUUUAUCUGCUAUAACAAAUUCUGCACAGGAUCAUCAUGCACCCUCCAUCAGUAUCACUUUGUUAAUGAGAAAAAGAACUGGACUGAAGCACAGAGAUACUGCAGAGAGAAAUACACUGACCUGGCAACCAUUAAUAACAUGGAGGAAAUGAACACACUCAUUAACACAGUAAAUGGAAUCUACUUAGGUUUAGCCUGGAUUGGACUGUAUGAUGAUCUGAACAGCUGGAGAUGGUCUCUGGAUGACGAUGCUUUAUACAGUUACGGAAAAAUAAACUUUAGUAAUUGGUAUACAGACAAACCAAGCUACAGGAAUGGAAACAAUUUAUGUGUAUAUUUUGUUUAUUCUGCCCUUUGGUGGGUGUAUUCAUGUUCUACAACACUUCCAUUCAUUUGUUUUGAUGGUCGAGUGAAUGCCAGUGAGAGAUAUGUUCUAGUUUAUCAGCGUAUGAACUGGACUGAAGCUCAGAAAUACUGCAGAGAACAUUACACAGACCUGACCAGCGUGAGGAAUGACACUGAGAACCAGAAGAUCAGAUUAUUAUUAGCUAACGAUAAGGAUGAUAAACAUUAUACCUCCGGUUAUUACUAUAAUAAUUAUUACGCUUUUUGGAUCGGCCUGUACAGAACCAGUUUAUGGUCAGAUCAAAGCAACUCUUCUUUUACCAACUGGAAACCUGGACAACCAGAUAAUUAUGGACAAACUGUAUCCUGUACUGCUGUGUCAUUUAAUGAAAGUUUUUUUUAUGGGAAAUGGGCAGACGAAAACUGUGGUCAAGCUUUUCCAUUCCUCUGUUACAGCACAAUCCUCUCAAACUCCUCUCGUAAGUAUCACUUUGUUAAUGAGAAUAAGACCUGGACUGAAGCACAGAGAUACUGCAGAGAGAAUUACACUGACCUGGCAACCAUUAAUAACAUGGAGGAAAUGAACACACUCCUUAACACAGUUAAUGGCAGCUACUCAGGUUUAGCCUGGAUUGGAAUGUAUGAGGACAGCUGGAGAUGGUCUCUGGAUGAUGAUACUUUCUACCAGGAGGGAGAGAGAGACUUCAGAGGAUGGGAACAUCAACCUGAUAAUGAUGGAAAUGAGAUGUGUGUUUCCAUGGGGAAUGGAGGGUGGUGGUUUGACAGACCUUGUACUGACAGAAGUUCAUUUGUUUGCUAUAAUGGUAUAAACAACACAUAUGUAAUGAUUUAUGAUCAAAGGACUUGGGAAGAAGCUCAGAGCUUUUGCAGAGUGCGUUACACAGACCUGGCCAGUGUGAGGCAUCAGACCGAACUUCAGCAAAUAAUGAGCAUCGUGAACAGUUCUGAUGUAUGGAUAGGUUUGUACAGAAACCGAUUAUGGUCAGAUCAGAGCAACUCAACCUUUACAUAUUGGAGACCAGAGAGUCCAGAACCUACACCAGAACCUGAUAAUGGUGUGAAUUCACCUGGACAAAGUGGAAGCCGACACUGUACAGCUGUGGAUCAUUCUGGCCAAUGGACAGAUGAAAACUGUUUCGCCAGAUUCCCAUUUAUCUGCUACAAUGCAAUGCCAUCAAACUCCUCUCGUCAGUAUCACUUUGUGAAUGAGAAUAAGACCUGGAUUGAAGCACAGAGAUACUGCAGAGAGAAUUACACUGACCUGGCUACUAUUGAUAACAUGGAGGAAAUGAGCACAAUCCUUAACACAGUAAAUGGCAGCUACUCAGGUUUAGCCUGGAUUGGACUGUAUGGUGAUGAGGACAGCUGGAGAUGGUCUCUGGAUGAUGAUGCUUUCUACCAGGAUGGAGAGAGAGACUUCAGAGGAUGGGAACAUCAACCUGAUAACUAUAAUGGAAAUGAGAUGUGUGUUUCCAUGGGAAAUGGAGGGCGGUGGUUUGACAAGCCUUGUACUGACAGAAAAUCAUUUGUUUGCUAUAAUGGUAUGAACAACAGAUAUGUGUGGAUUUAUCAUCAAAAGACUUGGGACGAAGCUCAGAGCUUUUGCAGAGUGCGUUACACAGACCUGGCCAGCAUGAGGCAUGAGGCUGAACUUCAGAAAAUACUGAGCAUCAUGAACGAGGAUGAGGUAUGGAUAGGUCUGUAUAGGAACCGAUUAUGGUCAGAUCAGAGCAACUCAACCUUUACAUAUUGGAGAUCAGAGAGUCCAGAACCUACAGCAGAGCCUGAUAAUGGUGUGAAUUCACCUGGACAAAGUGGAAGCCAACACUGUACAGCUGUGGAUCAUUCUGGCCAAUGGACAGAUGAAAACUGUUUUGCCAGAUUCCCUUUUAUCUGCUACACUGCAUUCACUCCAGUAUGUCUGUCAGGUGUGUUGAAAGAUGAGGCAGAGAAUCCAAAUGCAGCUAACCAUCUGAUCCAGAACAGUGACACAGGAGCCUCUAUUAAUAACACUGAAGAGGACUUGGCCCUUACAAACUUAAUAGGCAUCAGGAACAGCAGUCGAACCUGGAUUGGACUGUAUGAUGAUCUGAACAGCUGGAAAUGGUCUCUGGAUAAUGAUUCUUUUUACAAGCAGAGAGAGAGAAGCUUUAGAAACUGGUUUAUACAGGAGCCAAGAGACUGGUAUGGAAUCAGUUUGUGUGUGUAUUUAUGGUAUUCUGAUGGAGUUUGGUGGGAGGCCUCGUGUUCCCUAACACGUCCGUUCAUUUGCUUUGAUGGCAGAGUGAAUGCCAAAUCAAAUUCAUAAAUCCCGGUUUAUCAGAACAUGAACUGGACUGAAGCUCAGAGAUACUGCAGAGAGCAUCACACAGACCUGACCAGCGUGAGGAACGACACUGAGAACCAGGAGAUUAGAUCAAUGUUUAAUAAUACGGAUUAUUCAAGUUUUUGGAUCGGCCUGUACAGAACCAGAUCUUGGUCAGAUAAAAGCAACUCUUCAUUCAGUAACUGGAAACCUGGACAACCAGAUAAUUACAGACAGAAUGAAUCCUGUACUGCUGUGUCAUUUAAUGAUUCUGGGAAAUGGACAGAUGAAAACUGUGUAGACACUUUUCCAUUCCUCUGUUACAGCACAAUGCCAUCAUCACCCUCUCGUCAGUAUCACUUUGUUAAUGAGAAAAAGACCUUGAUUGAAGCACAGAGAUACUGCAGAGAGAAUUACACUGACCUGGCUACUGUUGAUAACAUGGAGGAAAUGAACACAAUCCUUAACACAGUAAAUGGCAGCUACUCAGGUUUAGCCUGGAUUGGACUGUAUGGUGAUGAGGACAGCUGGAGAUGGUCUCUGGAUGAUGAUGCUUUCUACCAGGAUGGAGAGAGAGACUUCAGAGGAUGGGAACAUCAACCUGAUAACUAUAAUGGAAAUGAGAUGUGUGUUUCCAUGGGAAAUGGAGGGCGGUGGUUUGACAAACCUUGUACUGACAGAAAAUCAAUUGUUUGCUAUAAUGGUAUGAACAACAGAUAUGUGUGGAUUUAUCAUCAAAAGACUUGGGACGAAGCUCAGCACUUUUGCAGAGUGCGUUACACAGACCUGGCCAGCGUGAGGCAUGAGGCUGAACUUCAGAAAAUACUGAGCAUCAUGAACGAGGAUGAGGUAUGGAUAGGUCUGUAUAGGAACCGAUUAUGGUCAGAUCAGAGCAACUCAACCUUUACAUAUUGGAGACCAGAGAGUCCAGAACCCACAGCAGAGCCAGACAAUGGUGUGAAUUCACCUGGACAAAGUGGAAGCCAACACUGUACAGCUGUGGAUCAUUCUGGCCAAUGGACAGAUGAAAACUGUUUUGCCAGAUUCCCUUUUAUCUGCUACACUGCAUUCACUCCAGGUGCUGUGAUGGGAUUGCGAAUGAAAGUCACUGCAAAUGAAAAUCUGUUAAACUCUCAGAUUAAAAGGCUGGUGCUGAUGGAACUUCAGCAAGAAUUGAGCAAACUGGGACUUUCAAGAAACUACACUGUGAAUGUGAGAAACAUCCGUAAGCUCGAUCCAUGAAGGAAAAAGACUACAUUCA